AUGGGGUGUGCACUCAGCGCAGAGGAGCGGGCUGCUAUGGAAAGGAGCAAAGCCAUCGAGAAAAACUUGAAGGAAGAUGGCAUACAGGCAGCCAAGGAUAUAAAACUUCUACUGUUAGGUAAGUGUGAAAUUAUCCACGAAGGCGGUUUCUCCAGCGAGGAUAAUAAACAGUAUAAACCAGUGGUCUACAGCAACACGAUACAGUCACUGGUUGCCAUUAUACGGGCGAUGGGAACUCUUAGCAUACCGUUUGGGGACGAUGAAAGAGAGUCUGAUGCCAAGAUGGUGUUAGAUGUUAUAGCAAGGAUGGAAGACACAGAGCCUUUCUCUGAGGAGCUGCUCGCUGCCAUGAAAAGACUGUGGGUGGACUCAGGUGUACAAGAGAGCUUUGGUCGGGCAAAUGAGUACCAGCUCAACGACUCUGCCAAAUACUUUUUAGAUGAAUUAGAUCGCUUAGGUGCAAAAGAUUACAUGCCUACAGAACAGGACAUCCUGAGAACUAGAGUGAAAACCACUGGCAUCGUUGAAGUCCACUUCUCGUUUAAAAAUUUAAAUUUCAAACUGUUUGAUGUUGGUGGGCAGAGAUCAGAAAGGAAGAAGUGGAUACAUUGUUUUGAAGAUGUCACAGCCAUCAUAUUCUGUGUUGCUAUGAGUGAAUACGACCAAGUCUUACAUGAAGAUGAAACAACAAAUCGAAUGCAGGAGAGCUUGAAGCUGUUUGAUUCCAUUUGCAACAACAAAUGGUUCACAGAAACCUCCAUAAUCCUGUUUCUCAACAAAAAAGAUCUCUUUGAGGAGAAAAUCAAGAAAUCACCAUUAACGAUAUGUUUCCCUGAAUACACAGGAAAACAAUUUUAUCUAGAGGCCUCAGCAUACAUUCAGGCAAAAUUCGAAUUCAAAAACAAAUGUUCAGCGAAGGAAGUCUACUGUCAUCAAACUUGCGCCACGGACACUAAUAACAUUCAGUUUGUAUUUGAUGCGGUAACAGAUGUCAUCAUUGCUACCAACCUACGCGGCUGUGGCCUAUACUGA